UGGCGAGGCUGAGGUUGGCCGGUUGCGUGCGCGGUGGGGGUCUGUAAUAUGCGAGUUAAAGAAAUAUUUAAUAUUUAACAAUAAUAAUACAGUGGCUGCAAGUUUCUGAGGUAAAUUUGCGAGGGGAGCUAAGGUGUGGAUUCUGGGCUUGCAUGAACGGGGUCUCCCCUUCCUCCAUUUUGUAUCGGGGUCGUCGUUGCGUGUUUCUCCCUCCUCUCCGGGCCGCGGGCCCUGCCGAACUGGUUAUCCGGAGCGCGGCCUAGAGGGGGGGCUGGGUGUCCUAACCAGGCCGCGCUGCUGUGGCGUGUGGAAACAGCCUGGAGAACCGGGAAAAGGAACCAGGCAGGCCCCUCGCCUCAGUGCUCUAGCUACAACAAAAGGACCUAAAGGCGACAGCGCUGUUUGGAGAACUUUUAAACUGGGCGUCCAGAGAGCAGGGUAUUUGAAUUUCAGCGCUACAUUAAAAAAUUUCCUGCUGUCUGAAAUAACAUCUUUAAAAAGGGAGCGUUUUUAAAGAAUAUGUCCUCCAUAUUGCCAUUCACACCGCCUGUUGUGAAGCGACUGUUGGGAUGGAAAAAGUCAGCCAGUGGCACUGGGGGAGCAGGUGGUGGAGAGCAGAAUGGUCAAGAAGAAAAAUGGUGCGAAAAAGCAGUGAAAAGCUUAGUGAAGAAAUUAAAGAAAACAGGACAGUUAGAUGAGCUUGAAAAAGCUAUUACCACACAGAACUGCAAUACCAAAUGCGUUACUAUCCCCAGUUUUGCCACCUGUAUUAGUGCCACGACAUACAGAAAUCUUACCGGAACUGCCACCUCUUGAUGACUACACGCAUUCCAUACCGGAGAACACAAACUUUCCUGCAGGAAUUGAACCUCAAAGCAAUUAUAUACCAGAAACUCCACCUCCUGGAUACAUUAGUGAAGAUGGAGAGACUAGUGAUCAGCAACUUAACCAAAGCAUGGACACAGGGUCCCCAGCUGAGUUAUCACCUAGUACACUUUCUCCAGUCAACCACAGUCUGGAUUUGCAACCUGUUACCUAUUCUGAGCCUGCAUUUUGGUGCUCAAUAGCAUAUUAUGAACUGAAUCAACGAGUGGGAGAAACCUUCCAUGCAUCUCAGCCCUCUCUCACAGUGGAUGGAUUUACAGACCCAUCAAACUCGGAGAGAUUUUGUUUAGGUUUACUUUCAAAUGUAAAUCGGAAUGCCACAGUGGAAAUGACCAGGCGUCAUAUAGGGAGAGGAGUUCGGCUGUAUUAUAUUGGUGGGGAAGUUUUUGCUGAGUGCCUAAGUGAUAGUGCUAUUUUUGUUCAAAGUCCUAAUUGUAACCAGCGGUAUGGCUGGCAUCCAGCAACUGUUUGUAAGAUUCCACCAGGCUGCAACCUGAAGAUAUUUAAUAACCAAGAAUUUGCCGCUCUCCUUGCUCAGUCUGUGAACCAGGGAUUUGAAGCAGUUUAUCAGCUAACCAGAAUGUGCACCAUCAGGAUGAGCUUUGUAAAAGGCUGGGGUGCUGAAUACAGACGACAAACUGUUACAAGCACUCCUUGUUGGAUUGAACUUCACUUGAAUGGACCUCUGCAGUGGUUGGAUAAAGUGUUGACUCAAAUGGGUUCUCCAUCAGUCCGCUGCUCAAGCAUGUCCUAAUCCUUUCCUUAAUAUUUAACCUAUGGGUUCAAGCCGAAGUUCGAGCAACAGACUUAAUACAGCUCGUCUGUCAUAGUAUUUGUGUGUGGUCCCCAUGAACUGUUUGCAGUCCAAAAGAAAGUAAAGAGAAAAACAGCACUUGAGGUCCCAUCAACUAAAAGCACCUUGUUGGAUUAUGUUUCUAAUACUUAUUAAAGUAGAUGAAAUCUUAGUGUUAAAUGACUCCUUACUGGGGAAGGGAAGUUUUUAAAUGAAAUAUAAUGGUGUGUUAUUGGGCAUAUAAUUGAGUGUCCAAAAGGUUCAACAAUAACAUGAAUUGUCUUUAUGUACGUUAUGUAUAGUGUUCGCCAGUUACGCUGUAAUUCAUUUUAGUUCCCAAAAGGGGUGUGCCUGCUUCUUUAUUUUAGUUAACUUGUUCAAAAAAAAAUCAAACAUUGUUUUGCCUUUAUUACUCUUAUCCCACCCUCCUGUAUUUGUAUUUUUCCUCAACUAUUAUAGUUUUCCUUAUAGUGUAUUUGCUAGCUGAAAAUAAAAAUAUCCUUAUAUGUUUUGGCUACUAUAAAGAAUAACGCCAGAUUGUGGUGGUUCCUGAGACCUAAAAAAUCAUGUCACAGAACAGUUUCAACAAAUAUUUUCCAAAGAGGUUGUUAUAAUAUGAUCUAAUUUAUAUACCAGUUUGCUCUACACUGGAAACUUGUGGUUUUUGUUUGUUUGUUUUUUUCCAUAAGUUUAAAAUCUGAAACUAGCAGAGGAGGAGUAAACUUCUUUUUUUUUUUUUUAAGUGCUUGUUAUUGUAAACCCUUGGACACUACAUUUGUACCCUAUACAAUUAUUUAGAGUUAUAUUCUACAAAUGUCUAAAGUUAGAGAAGCAUUGGGCACAAAUUGUGAAAGGGUGACUUAAACAUCUUACUAACAAUUCUCUCCUUUAGCUGUCUGUAAUUCUUUUAUAUUUGUGGCAGUGACAGGAUUGCCUUUCUUCUUUGACACUUUCUCCUUUCUUUAUCUUUUACACUAGUAGUGUACUUUGUAAGUACAGCUAGUGAAAAUUGUUAAGAACAAAAUGUGGCCAGUGUUAGACCAUUCAUCAUUUGGCUAAAUUGUGGACAAUGAUGAUUUUUGUAUGCCAUAAAGUUUUAGCACAUAGAGGUAAUUCCAAAACUGUGUAGAAAGAUAAACCGGCCAGACCAUAAAAGUGUAAUUGGCAAAGCAUUCAACAUUUGUGAGCUAGUUUUACCAGUAGAUUGGUGUAUUGGUAGAACUUGUGAACAUAAUACAUAAGCUUUGUGCGUGUUGCAUUUGCCGAAUAUGUGAAUACACUAAUAAAAGAUUUAAUUCUCA